AUGGCUUUAGUUCUAAAAAUCAUUGAGAACAUCUUAUACAGACUAUCAGGAAACAAGAACGAAAACUCUUCUGUUGACCCUUCAACAACUUCAAAUAUGACAGAUUACUCUAAACAGCACUACGUUAUUGUUGGCGCCGGCGUCUUUGGCAUUUCAACAGCGUACCAUAUUACAAAGAAAUUCCCGGGAGCAAAGGUAACUAUCAUCGAUAGGACACCGUUCCCGUGCGAAGCUGGAGCUUCCUGGGACUCUACCAAGGCAGUACGCGCAGACUAUGCCCAUCUCUUUUGGUGCAAACUCGCCUGGAGUGCUGUCGACAUGUGGCGAAAUGAUCCUCUCUUCAAACCUCACUUCCACGAAGUUGGCAUGGUGUGGUUGGAUGACACUGGCCACGCCCAGCGUGUCCUCGAUACAUAUAAAGAAUUGGCUAUCCCAAAUAAAGCAAAAAUGGUAAGCGUGAAGGAAUUGACCGGAAUGUACCCCGGUCUCUUCGACACUACGGACUAUACGGGCGUUUCCCACAUAUUGGUCAAUACAAUGAGUGGCUGUGCAGAGGCCGAGAAGGCUGUGGAGUCCGUAUAUGACUACGUUAUAUCUCAACCCGGCGUGGAAUACAAGGCAGCUGUUGUUGAAAAGGUAUUGUUCGACGACUACGGUGAUACUAUUGGUGUCCUAACCACGGCCGGGGAGAAAAUUCUGGGAGACACAACUUUUCUCUGCACAUCAUCUUAUACAUCAAAACUACUCGCGGAUAGCGCUCCCGGGCGUCCUGAAAUGCACCCAGGGCAUAGACUCGGUGCAUUGGGAUUCGCAACCGGUCAAUUAGUUCUCUCUGAACGACAGCGCGAAGAAUUCAAAAAAUCACCUGUUUUCCAACAGGGCACUGGAAAAUUGCAAACUCUGUCUAUGGGGCUUCAUUCGAACGGUACUUUAAAGAUCGGGUCAGAUUUGCCCAUUUACAACGAAGUCCACGUCAAGGGGGUGGAUCACCCUAUCCGAUGUCCUCCGGAAGAAACAAAUUACGAUCAGUUUCACGUCCCACCUGUAUUGGUCAAAGAGUUAGAUGAAUGCGCUGUGCGAAUUUUUGGCGACAAAGCGAAAGAACUAGUCUAUGAUCCUCACUCGUACAGAAUCUGCUGGGAUAUAAUAUGCCCCGAUGGGGAUUUCCUAAUAACUCAACAUCCGCAUUCCAAAAACUUGGUCGUGGCCACAGGAGGCUCGUACCAUGGAUUCAAAUUUUUGCCGGUGAUCGGUAAAUAUAUUCUAGAUAUUGCCACAGGUGAUAUCGACGAAGAGAAGAGAACUCGCUGGGCUUGGGACCGCGAUAAUGGUGGUGAUGCAGACGAAGGUUUGCUACCCGCCAGAAGACUUUCAGAUCUCUUUACUGCUAAGCAGUAG